UGUCGAAGGCGUUCCCCUCUGUUGAAUUCCUCGUUCGCUUUUCCCACUUGGCUUCAUCAAUUUUUCUACGUUACAUAUAAAGCUUGGACAGGAGCGGACCGGACCCAUCCGAAGAAGAAGAAGAAGAAGAAGAAGAAGAAGAAAUGAGCGUGAUGUUCAUAUGCGACGAAGAGGAAAAGGAACUGGGAAGGCAACAAGCUUCCGGUUCAUGUCCUCACUGCGGGGGGAAAGUGGAGGCCAUCGACGUCGAGAGCCAUUGGAGAUUCUGCUUCUUGCCCGUUUGCUUUCACGUCAAGCGUAAAUAUUUCUGCACUCUCUGUGGUCGACGUUUGGUCCUGAACCAGUAUUAAUUCAAAGAAAUGGUCCAUCUCAUCUUUUACCCUGUUGGGUCUCUCUGAAAAUCCUUUCUUCGCAUGUUCAAAGAAGCAGCAGUUUCUGCUCUGCGGUAGAACUAAAGAAGGGUCGUUAGGCUGUGGCCUAGCUUAGCAAAUGACUUGGGGUGGUUCUUUCAUGUCUUUAACUAAUCUCUCUGAUGUGCUGGAGAUUUUGAUGUAUCCAUCAGUAUCGCGUGUGACCAAGCUUGUCAAUUUUGCUAUUG